CAGAAAAAGGGGGGGCUUCUCUGUCUACAGUCCCAACCAGGCAUAGGGCAGAGACCCCCCCGGCUACCCAAACUUGGUCUCUUCAGGUUCAUCCACUGCAAAACUUUGACUCUGGAAGGGAGUUUCCACACGUUUAAUGUUGGAUUGGUUGUCAUACAGUUGGAUUAAACUAUUCUUUGGAGUGAAAAAAUCCACAUUGUCUCUUUUCAUGGACAUUAAUCUGGAUUAAGACUUUACUGCUGGACAGGAAACUUCAGGAGUAUGACUGAAGGCCAUGAAGUUCGGUCGUCAGUGACCACCACCAUGGUCAUCGACAGUAAAAACGGAGAAGCUGGUACACCUUCCGGACGGAUGUCAAAGAAAACCUUUACAGAUGACCUCCACUCCACUUUCAGCUCCCCGCUGGCCUGGAUCUUGGUUUUAGCACUGCUCAUCACUUGGACAUGUGUCUUUGUCAUUAUGUUUGAUCUCAUGGACUAUAAAACUAUUUCAGAUCAUCCACCUUCUGGCAUCAGGAAAGUUUGGAAGGAUCCGGGGCGUCGAGGAGGCAUCAAUAAAAUCAGCUCUGACCCCAUGAAGGUGGUGAAUGAUGCUGUGGAGGAAUCAUCAAACGUUUUCACUGCGAUCAUAAACUUUGGGGCCAGCCUGAUCGCUCCCGAAGAAGAAGGAACUAUAUAUGCAGUUCGGAAAAAAGACACAAGUUGGUUGGAGGAGGAAGAAGAGUUGAAGAGUUGGAAAGGAAAAGGAGAAUUUCUGCCACCAAGAAGUAAAGUUUUAGAAAUGCAAAUUCAGAAGGAAGUGACAGAUGUGGAAGAGGAGGAGGAGGAAGAAGAGGAUGAGGAGGAGUUAGUAAAAGAGGAGGGUGAGGAAGACGAUGAUGAUGAGUAUGAAGAAUAUGAUGAAGAGGAGUUUGCUGAAGAAUAUGAAGAUUAUUAUGGUGAAGAUGCAGAAGCAGAAGAAGAGGAGGAGGAGGAAGGCGAGGAGGAUGAAGAAGAAGAGGAGUGGGAAGGAGAGGAAGAAGAAUUAGAGGAGGAAGAAGUAGAUGAGGAUGAAGAUGGAGCUGAAGACGAAGGGGAAGAAGUAGUAGAUGAGGAUGAAGAAGGAAUUGAAGAGGAGGAGGAAGGGGAGGAAGAAAAAGUAGUAGAUGGAGAUGAAGAAGAGGAGGAAGAAGGGGAGGUGGAGGAAGUAGGAGAAGAGGAUGAAGAAGGAGCUGAAGAAGAGGAAGAAGGGGAGGCAGAAGAAGUAGUAGAAGAGGAUGAGGAAGGAACUGAAGAGGAGGAGGAAGGGGAGGAAGAAGAAGUAGUAGAUGGAGAUGAAGGAGAUGAAGAAGAGGAAGAAGAAGGGGAGGUGGAGGAAGAUGGAGAAGAGGAUGAAGAAGGAGCUGAAGAAGAGGAAGAAGGAGAGGUGGAAGAAGGAGAAAACAUGGAAACUGAGGAGGAUGGGGAUGAAGAGGAGGAGCAAGGUGGAGUCAGCGAGGAAGAUAUUGUGGAAGAGGGGGAGGAAGAGGAGUUAGAGAAAAUGGAAGAGGAAGAUAAAGAAGCGAAGGAAGACAAAGAUGAAAAAUUGCAAGAAGACAUCACAGAGGAUGAAGAUGACAAGGAUAUAGAAGAGGACAAAGCAGUUGAACCGCCUGCUGAUGAAGACAUGGGUGAGGUGGAAGCAGAGGAAGCAGAUGAAGAUGACGAGGCACCUGCAACUGCAGAUCAAGUAGAAGACAAAGAUGAGGCGGAACCUGAACCAAAGCCUGAGGAUAAAGACGAGGAUGAUUUAGAAGAGGAAGCAGCUGAUGAAGACGAGAACAAAGAUGAAAAAAUGUCUGAGGCAGAGGAGGAAGAUGAGGCUGUAGCCACAGAUGAGCCAGUUGAAGAAGAAGAAGAAGAGUCCUCUGAGGAAGUUUCCCCUGAACCUGUUUUCACGUCAGAGGAUGAAGAGUUUGCUCUGUCCAUGGAUUCUGAAGCUGAGGCACUUGAUGAUCUGAAAGAGAGUGAUGAAGACCUAACUCUGUCUGAUGAAGGAGAUACAACUGGUGAUGAAGAAGUUUUCGACUCUUCAGAUGUCAGUGAAUCGUUACUUCUUUCAAGUGAUGAAGAGGAAGGAAAAGAUGAGAGUUCAGAUGAGGAUGUUCCAACAUCUGACAGUGAUGAUUUACCUGCAGACACUGACGAUGACUUGAGUCUUGAUCUUCCUCCUCUUGUGAUCGAUAGCGAGGAUGAAGAAGAGGAUGAUCUUAAACCUCUUGGUGAGGAAGAUCUUCCUCCUUUACCUCCAAUCAAAAAUGAUGAUGAAAGAGAUGAAGAAGAUCUGAAAUUCACAGACGAUGAUUUGGACCAAUCCGAGGAAGAUGACUCCAUCGCAACCUCUGAGCAUUUUGCUGAUGAUGAAGAAGAAGAGGAAGACAUUGAGGAUGAAGAUUUUGACGAAGACGUCCUUGUAACAGUAGACGAAAAGAACAAGGAUGAACCUGAGGAUGACGACGACCACGAUGAGGAGGAAUCCAUCAUCCCCUUGUCGUCAGCUUCAGAUAGUGGAGUUUUAGGUGAUGAAGAUGAGAAAGAUGACAUCUCCAUAAAGCUUGAUGAAGGCUUCAGUGGGGACUUAUCAACAAGUGAUGACUAUGAAUCACAGGACGAAAAUGAGGAGGAAGAGGAGGACGAAGAGUUCAAAGAAUCUUACAGUGAUGAGGAGGAACUAAGUGAAGAUGAAGAAGAGGAUGAUAACAUCUUGUUGGCAGCUGCGGCUGCAGCAGCCCUCCCUCACCAGGAGGAGGCACCAAAGACCGAUGAAGCUGAGGGUGGAGAGGAGCUCACACAGGAUGAGGAUGAAGACGAGCUGGUGGAGGCAGAAACAGAUUCCAGCCAGCUGGAUGAGGAAGAUGAGGAGGAAGAAGUUGGAGAAACCAAGGCAGAUUCCAAAGUGCAUGAACAGGAGGAUAAGGAAGAGGAAGAUGACGAAGACAACGAAGAAGAAAGAGCAACAGUGAAUGUGAUGAAACCUUUGCCUGAGGUGGAAGACGAAGCAGCGGAACCUGAACCUGGAGAGUGUCCCUGUUUGCACUCCGCAAAGAGCAAAGAACCUCCUAGCGGAAAAAGCAAAGGUGCUCCCAGGAGGGUUUCCGCUUUGAGAAGGAGAAAAGGUCUGGAGUCUGUGAGCCCUGUUGAAAAACUCCAAAAACAAGGUCUUCCCAGAAUUGCAGAUCUGGACUCGAAACCUAAGCGGGUCAGACUUGCACCUCUUCUCAAAGCCAAAUUAAAACAGAAGAGCAAGGCUGCAAAGAAAGAAAAAGAGACCAAAAAGCAGGAACACCUCACUGAAUCUGCACCUGAAGUUGGUCCAUGCAGACCUGCACCAGUUUACUGCCCCUCCCCUGCAGGCUGGUAUGUUCAUCACAUAGUAACAGAUAAUCCAUACCCUCCUCCGACGGUGUCAGCUCCAUCUGCUCCGGUUGUGACGGUCCAUCCUGGAGGUCCACCACACCCACCGGUUUAUCACCAACAAUCUCCUCCGCCCCUGAUGCAGCCUCUGUAUGCUCCAUAUCAACCAUAUCCACCUCUGUAUCAGCCGGUGGCACCGCCUCCACAAGAGGUGGUGGAUCCGGUUCAGCCAAUCCAGCCCGAGGAGCCGGAGGCUCCAGAACACAAGGAAGCAGUCCAACCGGAGGUCCAGACUACAGCUCCUGCUCCACCUGAUGUUCCAGCUGCACCUCCAGCUCCACCUCAAGAACCAGAGACUGUUGUGGAAGAAGAUAAAUCAGCCCCUACCAAGAAAGCUACAAAGAAAAAAGUCAAGGCCGCUGAUUCAGUGAAAGAGCUGACUGCUAAAAAGGAAAAACCAAAAAGUAAAGCAGUGACUAAAAAAGGGCCUGCAGCUGCAACACAGAAACGGAAAUCAACAUCUGCAAAGACAGCAGCUGUCAAGCGCAAAGUCAAAGCAUCUGCAGAGAAGAAAGAUCCCGAUCCAAAAGUACGUCCCCUGCGGUACAGAUACAAAAGACUUCAAGAUGAAAAGAGGGCGAAUGUGACGUCUAGCAUCAGAAAAGAAUCACCUGUCAGGUCAUCUAAAUCAGGGAAGCCAAGGCUAAGAUUGCAGCCACAAAAGAAAACUGCAAAGGCUGAAAGGAAACCUGUCAAACAAGCUGAAGACAAAGAGAAGCAUCCACCGCAAAUAAUGAAUGGAAAAAGACCUUCUUCCUAUCCAGUUUCUGAGGUUUACCCAAAAGAAGACGUCAAGGCUGAAGACAAUGUUACAGAAAAGAAGAAAUCAGGCCAGAAAUUCUUUCAGUGCAUCUACGUUCCGGGUAAAAGUGUCCAGUAUCCUCUCCGACCCUUCACGCCUGCCAUGUCGCCCGCCAUGCUUUCCCCUGCCAUCAGGUCCAUGCUGGAGCAGCAGAGAGCAGCUCGGGCAGCGGGACAGUAGGGGGGAACCUGAAUCCUCAUGGCAGAACAGUCUGAAGGGAAAAGAGUGAACAGCUUCUGGUCUUUAUUUAUUGAUGUAAUUAAUUAGCGGUUGAGCUCUGGGGGUUUCUGUUACUCCUGGUUUUUGUCUUACAUGUUUACCACUUUGUGAACACUCCUUUUAUUCUAAAGGUAUUUGUAAUGUAUAUAUUGUGAUUUAUGUAGGGUUAGAAGUUCUCCUUUAUCCAGAUGAGCAACGAGACGCUGUGGUUCACACAUCAGUCUCCCUGUUGUUUAAACUGACACCCGCUAUUACUCACCGUGACCUGCUUGUCAGUUAAAGCUGUAAACUCUCCAUCAUCUUUUAGAGAAAGUUCAAUGAAAUGAUGCGACAAGAGUAGAGGCAUAACAACAUCGCAAACGUGCAUUUCAUUACACACCUAAAAGGUGGAUUUAUUCUAGAAAAAUGAGACUGAGAGUUUCAGGGCUAAUCAAACUGGUUUUUGAAUGUACUCAGAUUACUUUUGUUUAUUGGGUUUACAAACCCUAGAAGAACCGCACAAUACAACUCUGAUGCGACCAACUCCGUUUUGGGAUGUUUUUGGGCACCUGUCGCUUCUGCUCAUCACCAGCUUAGUAAUCAAAUGCUCACAUUUUCAUUGACAUCCUGAUUUAGUAAUACAAUUGCCUCACUGGUGCUAGAUGACUUGUACAGCAUGUGUGGGCCUGUUGGGUUUUAUCCUUCUCUAUGUUUCCAUUUGGAUGAGCCACAAUAAUUGUGUUCUCUUUGACCUUACUUUUGAAUUGCUUGGCCAGAUGCAUGAAGUUCUGUUGAUUUAUGAGGAUUGCCAUUUCAAGAUUUACUGAACUUUACACAGUGGAAACACCAAUUUGUGUAAUUUUGCUAUUAUCUGAUCUUUGAACAGUCAUUUGUAAACUUGAACCACAGAAAUGAGGAGCGGCUGUUCUUUUGAAGGUUUGAGAACAAUUUUAAGCGGAAAAAUCUUUUCAAUCAUCAGAAAUGUUAACACCAUGAGAAUGCAUGACUGCUGCUAGAUGAAGGAGCUGAAAUGUAUCAUCAUUUCUGAGUGAUAACUGCUUUUUUUUCUUAUUUUGGAUUCAUUUUGAUGGCUUGUAUAGAUGUAAGUUCUUGAAAAAGACAAUAUUGUUGCAGAUAUUUGUCAGAUUAUUUCAUGAUUACGAUGCUUGAUCUCUGAAUCAUUUAUUCUGAGGCUUUUUUUAAUUUUAGCAAGUCCAAAUGGUGUCAGAGUGCAUUACAGUUGUGUUAGGACAAGUUACAUGGCAACCUGCAGAGUUAAGGAACAUGUUUGGGGAAAGACAGCCGAUAUCAGGGUCACAGGUUCAAUAUCCUGUGAAUCUAGAGUUUCUCCCUUGUUAGCGGAUCUAAGACUGACCAACGGUGAAAUGGAAGGAAAGCUCAAGUCUUUAAGGCCAUGUCAAACAGCCACUACGUACAUUUUGUGCAUUUUCCAUGUGUGAAGUCUUUCGUGAUACAUGCAUGAUAAACGUAAUUCAUAACAGUUUUUUGUGCUCGUCAUUCACUGAUCUUAACGUGAAUCCGGUUUUGAGCUGUUCAAGAUUUUUAGUCAAUAGAGAAUUACACAGUUUGACGUAGUUUAUAAGCAAUUAUUAUGUAAACCUUGCACAAUUUUGCUUGAUUUUUGCAAGAUGCAUGCAAAAAUUUGUGACGGUUCCUUGUAUGUCCAUCUAACUUUUCAAGCAUGUACCACCAAUGUAUGACUUUUAUAUGACGCAUACGGCGCAUAGGUCACAUUGAAAUUACUUUUGCUAUGGUCCGGUUGAAUACUGGAUUCUGAUAGGCUGCUGGGUGUGGAUUAAAAUGUGAUAAACCACAGUGAUAAUGCACACCUAAAAAAUAAUUUCUAAAUCAAAAUGUUCUAUAUCACUGCGCUGGCUGCUUUAAAACAAACUUUUGCUUCAUCAUCUGGACAAAAACAAGCGGGACUGAACUGAUGCUUUAUUUGUGCCGAUCAGCAUAUAUAUCGCUUUCUUUGCCUCUACAGUCAAGGUUGGUGCCACACCACAAACAAAAUAGUCUGCUUUAUGUGAAAAAAAGCUAUCUAAACCGAAAGAAUAUCAAGAAUAAAGAACUAAAAACUGAUUGUAUAUUUAUUUAUUUAUGAGUGAACAUGGUAUAAGCAGGAUAAUGGCUGCACUUCGAUUCAGGCUUCAUUGGCGUGCAUUAUUUCUGAUUCUGCACGUCGUCUGCCAUUAUUCCUUACGUAAUUGACGCACGAAUCACUAAUGAGUUGCUUAUAAGCUGCGCAAUAAUCACACAAGGUUUUUUUUCUACGUUGAUUUACGUGUUCUUUGCAUGUUUUUUGGUACUUCUUCCGUAGCUCAAACGUGGUUCAUUCGCUAUAAAUCUGUGAAAAUUUCACGUAAAGACAACUACUUCUCACUUUUUCAAGGUUUAUGUGCGUAUGACCAAUUUUCAUCCGUGCAACAUGUGCAAAAUGUACGCAGUGUGACAUGGCCUUUACUUUGGGGAGCUUCUGCUACAAAAGCCAGUGGAUAUUAAAGUUUGUGAAUGUAAUGAAAAGUGUUUUUGAAAAAAGUUGAAUAUGUACUUUACUCAUGUUAAUUCAGAGCAUGAAAACAAUUUUUUAAACUUUUGAUAGCCUUAGUAAGUUUGAAAUACCUGGUUGAUGAGCAUAAGGAAAAAGAAUCACUUUAUAAGUUUUAUAAGGAUGUCAUACAUUAAAAAAAAAUUUCCCCUGACUGAAUUGUUUUUCUGUCAGUCAGAAAUGUGUCAGUUCUUUUUAAUCAAUGUAAUCAAGACUUUGACGAGGAAUUUGUUUUCGCUGAAAAUGCGUUUAACAGAAACGAUGUGAAAAUGUUCAAUUUUAUGAGGAAAUAUUUUAAUUUGUAAAUAACUUUUUUGUUUUGUGCAUGAAAAUGUGAUUGAAACUUUAGUUGGUUUUCAGCGGCUGACUUUAACUUUGAUUCCACAGUCAGAUUUAGAAUGUCACUGGAAACUAUUGGUCAGAUUCUGUCGAGGUCAGGGUCAGUCGCCUGUCACAUGUUACAGUAAAAUGAGUUAUACAUCACAGAUUUGUCUGAUAAAUCACUUGAUGAGUCAAUCUUUGGGACUGAGUUUUAUUCUGAAACAGAAAUGACGUGAAAAGUGACUAAUCAGACUGAUAAAAGUGUCACUUUAUGAAAGACAAGAUGGUAAAAUAUGUAAAGUCUGUUCUCAUGAAGGCUUUGGGUUGAAUAAAUAUGUGCGGAAACA